CCCACACACUCGUCUGCUUUUCGUGCUCGGAUGCAUCCUCCAACUGGGCCUGCCUGAAGCCUGUCAAGUGUGGGGAGAAUGAAAACCACUGUGUGACGACUUACGUCGGAGUGGGAAUCGGCGGCAAGUCUGGCCAGUCCAUCUCCAAAGGAUGCUCUCCCAUUUGCCCCAGUGCCGGGAUUAACCUUGGCAUAGCAGCCGCCUCCGUUUACUGCUGCGACUCCUUCCUCUGCAACAUCAGUGGUUCCAGCAGCGUGAAAGCCAGCUACACGGUCCUGGCCUUGGGGGUCCUCAUUAGCUUCAUCUACGUCCUCAGGGCUCGCGAGUGAUGGGGCUGGCCGAGGAAGAGCCGUCUUCCAUGGGCUGUUGCAGGUCUCAUUAGCCAAUAUCUUCUCUGUCGCUGUCUGCAAGGAGAUCCUCUACUUCUCAGCAGGCUUCCAAGGUGGUUGUUUCCCAGACUUUAUGCUCUUCCAGCACUGGAGACCUGGGCGGUUUGGCUAAGCUCUUCUCCUCCUUCUGUGGACAUACCCCACUGCACUCACACCUCCUUGGCAAAGGUGGAU